AUGAUGCUCGGGCUUACACUCGUGGUGUUGGCAGCACUGCUGUCCACGUCAGCAGCCUCUUAUACGGUCGGAAUCGGAAUUUCUGACGUCACAGGUCCGCCGGUAGAAGUCACUUUCAUGGGCUACGCGAAGCUGGGUCAGUGGGGCACCGGUCUGCACCUCCGCCAGUUCUCCAGAGCCUACGUCUUCCAGGACGACAACGGCAGCAAGCUGGUCUUCACCAGCGUCGACGCCGCUAUGAUCGGCAACGGACUCCGCAGAGACGUGAUCUCUAAGCUGCGGGAGGAGUUCGGUGACAUGUACUCUGAGGAAAACCUAAUGAUCAGCGCGACGCACACGCACUCAGGACCCGGAGGCUUCAUGCAGGACUUCCUGUUCGACAUCAGCAUUCUCGGCUUCGUCCGGCAGACCUACGACGCACUCCUCUCCGGCAUAGUAGAGAGCAUCAGACGGGCCCACCUGUCGAUGCAGCCGGCGCGCCUCUUCCUGUCUCAGGGUGAGCUGCUGGGAGUCAGCAUCAACCGCAGCCCCACCGCCUACCUCGCCAACCCCGCCUCAGAACGUAGCAGGUACUCUCACGACGUGGACAAGACGAUGGUGCAGCUGCGGAUCGAGACGCCGUCGGGCCGUCCGCUGGGCGCCAUCAACUGGUACGCCGUCCAUCCCACGUCCAUGAACAACACCAACUCGCUGGUUUCCAGCGACAACGUCGGCUACGCCGCCGUACUCCUGGAGAAGCAGUUCAACGGCGGGGCCAUGCCGGGCAAGGGCCCGUUCGUCUCCGCGUUCUCGUCGAGCAACCUGGGGGACGUGUCGCCUAACACGGCGGGCCCUCUCUGCCAGGAGACGGGCCGCAGUUGCGAGCCGGAGACCAGCACCUGUCCUAGCUCACCCGACGGCCGCCAGGAGCGCUGCUACUCGCUGGGGCCCGGCACCGACAUGUUCGACAGCACCCGCAUCGUUGCCGUGCGGCUCGCUCAUAAGGCUGCCGAGCUGUGGCGUUCUUCGACUGCUAGGGAGGUGACCGGUCCCAUUGCGUUCGCCCACCAGUGGGUGGACAUGCCGAAGCAGACGGCUGACUACGUCGAUCCCGACACUGGAACUACUACCACCGUGCGGGGCUGCCUGCCCGCGAUGGGCUACAGCUUCGGGGCGGGUACCACGGAUGGUCCCGGCGCCUCCGCCUUCCAUCAAGGCACCCGUUCCAGCGACUCUUUUUGGAACACCGUGCGCAACAUCCUGGCGACGCCCACGCAGGACGACGUGGCCUGCCACGCCCCCAAACCCAUCCUCCUCAUGACCGGCAGGAUGACGUUCCCGUUCGAGUGGCAGCCCCAAGUGGUGUCGACGCACCUGGGACGCGUGGGAAACCUCGUGCUGAUGUGCGUGCCGGGAGAGUUCACCACCAUGUCGGGACGGCGCAUGCGCGAUGUCGUGCGGCAGGUGUUCGGCCAGGACACGACGCUGGUGCUCGCCGGACUGUGCAACACGUACAGCAACUACGUUACCACCCCAGAGGAGUACCAGGUGCAGAGGUUUGAAGGAGCCGCAACCAUCUACGGUCCACACACGCUGACCCUGUACCUACAGCAGUACCGCAAACUGGCUCAGUCUAUUCUUAGUAAUAGGACCCUGGAACCUGGACCUUCGCCACCAGACUUGUCCAAGGAGGUGAUCCAGCUGACGCCCGGCGUGGUGUACGACCUGCCCCCGUGGCGGUCACCGUUCGGUUACGUGGUGCAGCAGCCACCUGCCACAGCCAGGCCCGGAGACAUCGUCACCGCCACUUUCGUGGCAGGGAAUCCGCGGAACAACCUGCAGCACGGAGGGUCGUACCUGACCGUGGAGAAGAAGGAACCCUACUCCGGAAACUGGACCGUCGUCGCCACAGACGCCGACUGGGAGACGAAGUUCCUCUGGCGGCGGACUUCCACUCCACUGGGGAUGAGCGAAGCGACGGUGAUGUGGUCGGUGCCCGAGGACGUGGAGCCCGGCGUGUACCGGCUGCGGCAUUUGGGCCACUACAAGUAUAUCCUCGGCGGCGUCUUCCCGUACUCAGGCAGCUCGGAGCCCUUUACAGUGAGCCCCCAGCUGCCACGGGCGCAGGCGAGGCCACCCAUCAUUAGGCUGGUUUGUGUGGCUGACGGCUCCUGCCAGCAAGUCCACUCCUUGUUCUGAACACAAGUGUCAACUCCCACCACCACAAGGUAACAGAGGAGCGAGCCAUCCUCUGUGCCAUCUGGUGGCAUCCAGUUUCCUCUGUGUCAACCGCUUUCUACUUUGCAUACCACUGUACCCCCAGCCUGCGUCUGUCUUCAGUGUCCCUUCUUCUUGAUAUCUGGCAUACAGUGGUGUUAGUUUUCUUUGUGUGGACAAGCUGAUGGUGGUCACAUGAUGAUGUAUGUAGCAGGCUCUCGAUCAUCCGUGUUAAUGAGGACACUAGACUGCAGUGGUAACUGAAAGACAUGGAUAAUCCAAAAUACAUAUGAUUGUACCAGAAA